AAAACUUACGGCCUUUUUAAAGCAAAAAGGAAGAAAUCAUGUUCCAAAAAAGUCCAAAACGCUUUCACAAGAAGAAAUACUAAAAUUUUUACUAAAUGCACCGGAUGAAAUCUACUUGAUGAUGAAGAUUUGUGUUGUGUUUGCUGGGGCUUUACGUAAUGAAGAACUUUUGAAUUUAAAAGUAAGUGACAUAGAGCACAAAGAAACAAUUCUGGUUGUUCAUAUACCUAAAACAAAGACCAACAGACCUCGGUUAUUUGUGAUCACUCCAGAGUUUGAAGGAAAAGUAAACUCCAUAGAAUUAUUUAACAAAUAUUUAGCUCUGCGUCCUAAGCAGACGCCCUACGAUCGAUUUUUCCUAACUUAUAGAAAUGGCAAAUGCACAGUCCAACCAGUUGGAAUCCAUACUUUUCGAAGUAUACCAAGCAAAAUUGCCAACUAUCUGCAUUUACCAGAACCAUCUCUUUAUACGGGACAUUGUCUUCGUCGAACGUCCGCCACACUCUUUGCCAACGCAGGCGGCAGUAAGGAGAAUUUAAAACGCCACGGAGGGUGGAAAAGCGACACGAUUGCAGAGUCUUAUGUUGAAGAAUCUGUGCUCUAUAAAACGAAAAUGGCAAAGACAAUUUUAGGUGAAGGUCAAACUGAGAACAUAGUUGUUACCAAUGAUAAUUCUGCUCAAAAUUUACAAAUUAACUUAGAUAAUAAUCCUCAGAUAUUUUCACUUCAAACUCCUUCGACUUCAGGAAUUAAUUUUUAUAAUGCGUCAAGGUGUACAUUCACGUUUAAUAUAACGAAUACACCUAAUACGUAGGUGGAUUUGUUUUGUAUUCGCUGUUACUGUUUUUAUGUGUUUACUUCCAUAAUACAUAAUAAUAAAAUGUGAUAAAUUAUAAUAUCUCAAUUUUUUUUAAUCAUAAAAUUUUGUGGUUGGCGAUAAAAUUUUGUAUGCACCACAUCAGUAAAGUGUCUUUAUCGAACUCGUCUGUUACUCACCUCGCUCGCUUCGCUCACUCGGCUCAUAAUCUCAGACUCGUUCGAUAAAGAAUCACUUUACUGACUUGGUACAUAAAUAACUAUUUUGUAGAUUUAACUUAGACAAUAAAAAAAAUAUAGUAUAGUACCCCAUUUGUGCGGAGCGCACCGCAGAAACACCAAAGUUAUUCUCCUCACCAACCGGCAAGGGCGAUAGCAAGAAAGAAAAAAAAAAACAAACUGAUAGAUAAGAACUUACGGAUAGCGCAGGUAUAAAUCAGCUGUAAAAUCUGGAGUAUUAUAACAAAAUCUAAACCAAUUAUUACUGUGAGGAAAAGAAAAAUUUUCUGAACAGGUCAAUACCAGGCAAGACCAAUUUAACACUUUUAUUUGAGAAAAAUGAGGAGGAAACAAGAGAGAACCACAAUGUGACCCUCACUCGACUCGACUCUCAAUAAUUGUGUUAUUAAUUUUUCAAAUUUCUGCUCAUCUUCAUAAUCUAGAUUUCAGUUAUACUUUUGAACGUCGUCUGCGUUGAUUGACAGUAAUAUUUUAUUAAACGUGUCAACAAUUGUGACAUUUAAUUUCCUGCAAAUUUUCAAAUUUCACAAAUUACAGUUUCCUUCGAAGCAUAACGCGCGCGUCAUCUACCGGAAUUUACGAUU